GAAUUAAUGAUAAUUCGUUAUCAUUGUUGUGGCUUGAAUAACGUAAAAGAAAUCUUAAAUUCGAUAACCCAUUUAAGACCCCUGGACGUCAUUUACAUAAUUAAUCAGCUUGCAACUGCGAAUUUAAUAGAGAUAAUAAAGGUAUUUAUUUAUUCGUUAAUUAAUCUCCAGAAAUAAUCUUCUAUUUAUAACUUCUAAUUACAAAGCUUAGCAAAGCUAGUUAGAAGCUUGAUAAAAUUCUGAAUUGUAGUCUAAACUAAGUGGUAUUUCUCCGAAUUUAUUUAAAAAAUUUCUCAUUAUAGGAAGCUUAAAAAAAUGAAUUAUCGUAAAAUUUUCCUUGUAAAUUCGAAUUCUCAUUUUUAGUGCAAUUCCAUCAGUCUCCUUUAGCUGCCAUCCAAACAUCCAAUCACAUUUCUUAAAGCCACCCGCACUGACCCAAUCAGAUUACAUUGACACGUCGCUGGAAGCCAACCAAGUUACAAUGGCGCAUCGCUGGGGGCCAAUGAGAAACGAUCGUGCCGCCAUCUUGCCAUUCGUGGCUCUAGCUGCGGCUGUCAAAAGUGAUACACGUUACCUCUUGCUCCGCGAAAAUUAACAAUUUUAAUUAGUGUAAACAUAGUUUCGAUUGUUAAAUUGUAGAAAUAGUUUAAAUACCGAGUGCGAUGGACGUUUCAUGGCGAAUACCGGCGAGAAUUACGCGAUAUUUUCUAGACUCGUUCUCGUCGAUCGACCUUGGUUCCCGCGAUCCACAUCGAUUUUCCUAUUUUUCCGAGUUUCACUUGAAUUGUUGUUACGUAUUGAAUCGCGAUUAUUGCUCGAAUGAUAAAUCCUAAAGGAUAUGAUAAUUUUUAGAAGUGAUUUUUAAGUUUCUGAUGGAUUAAGGUUUGAUUUUAAGAUUUUUACUUCCGGGUUGACGAGUGAUUUAGUUUGAUAGCUGCCUGUGAUGAAAUGUUGUCGUGCUGCGAUCAGCUGGGUCUUACAGGGGAUGAUCAUCCAAUGGAAAUUGCAGAUGGAACGCGUAACAGAAUCAGGAACGAACCGUUCGAGGAGGGGAAGAAAAAGUUGUGCAGCCUCCUUGAAGACCGUAGGAAAGAAAACGGGCGAAGAGAGGAAGCUGUACAAGAAGAAGACGAAGAUGAGGCGGUGGUAGAGAGGAUAGAUAGAAGACGAGAGGCGUAGCGAAUAAACAAGGAAGGAUCAUUUGGUUAUGAAAUUGUUGCCGUCGAUACAGUUGCCCCAGCUGCCGCCGCCGGUCUCACCGGCCGCCGCCGCCGGGAUGGACUCCCGGCUACCACCAGGCAUCUCGCUGCCGUUCAGUCCGACGGAGCUCCUUUGGCGGUACGGCCCAGCGAUGAACUUCCCGCCGGCUAACCACCCGCCGCCUCACAGCCCGUUUCUGGACUUCAAAACCCAUCUACCCACCAGUCUAGCAUCGGACCCAAGGCUUUGGUCCAGGGAGGACGUGGCCACUUUUCUCAGAUGGGCCGAGCACGAGUUCGACUUGCCUCAGUUCGACAUGGAUAUGUUCCAGAUGAACGGCAAGGCCCUCUGCCUAUUAACGAAGCCAGACCUAGGUGAGAGGUGUCCGGGUGCCGGCGACGUUCUACACAAUGUCCUCUCGAUGCUGGCCCGGGACUUCAGCCAGUUGCAACGGUGUUUGCCCAGCAGCCCGGUCACGCCAACCCGGCCGUCCUCCUACCCGCUCUCGCCCCACUCCCAUCCGCCGACGCCCACGUGGUCCGACAAUCCUUACACGGCGAACUUAGCCUCGCUGAUGUCCGCGAACUCCGUGACCCUGUCUCCGGCGCCGUCGGUUGACAGCCAAGCCGGCUCGCCCGGGCAAGAAAACAAUCAAAGUCAGGUGUAUAAAAGCGACUCCGACGAGGAUAAUAAUCAGAAUAAUGGAGGAAGUAGCGGAAGUCCGCCAAAUACUCCUACGAGCAUCACCGCGCAGAGGCUGAGCGAAGUUUGCGUGAAAGAGCAGCAGCAGCAGCAGCAGCAGCAGCAGGGGCCUGCCGGAUUCAGGGCGAACGCCGGCGGAGCCAGGGAAUUCUUUGGCGAAGCUGCCGAGCCUAACACGAACGGAAGACUCCUUUGGGAUUUCCUUCAGCAGCUUCUAAACGACCCCUCCCAAAGAUACACUCAGUACAUCGCCUGGAAGAGUCGAGAAACUGGAGUGUUCAAAAUAGUGGAUCCCCCCAGACUGGCGAGACUCUGGGGGAUACAAAAGAACCAUUUGUCGAUGAACUACGACAAGAUGAGCAGAGCGCUGCGAUACUAUUACCGAGUGAACAUCCUGAGGAAAGUUCAGGGCGAACGACACUGUUACCAAUUUCUGCGUAAUCCUACGGAGCUGAAAAACAUAAAGAACAUCAGCCUUCUCCGCCAACAGAUGCGGAUCAAAUCCGAGCCUGAGGACGGUGACGGUACGACGAGCGGCGUCGAGCCGGAAAUAGAUAUGCCGACGGACCUCUCAAUGUCGACGAUGUCCAGUCAGCCUCCCAAUGAUCAACAGAAUAGUCAACCGAGUAGCAAUGCCGUUCAACAACCUCUGCCUCUUCACGAUCCGCCGGCGAAAUACAGGAGCCACGCGUAUAAUCUUGUGAAGACGAAUCAGGAGGACGAGAAGAAGUGACGGGUCCAGUGACUCGGGCCCGACUUGGUACAAUAAAAAAAAGAGAGAAAUGCCGCCGGUGUUUAACCACCGUCGGAGAGAAUAGAAAAUUAUUCGAUCGGCCAAGGACCGAGGAUCUAAUUGAUCGGAUGCCUCGGUGAAGCUGAAAGUACUGUGUUGUCGUGUGUCUGUGCAGUGAUUUCCGGGCAUGUGGCCAUCGAUUGGCCAUACAUCCGACCACCACUGGAAUUCGAUGAAGAAAAAUGGUAGGAAAUGAUUCACAGUGUUCUCCAGAUAUAUGGCCACGCAUGGUAAUUGGGAUCUAGCUUGGCCACACGUCCGGACGCCACUGGAAUUCGGUAAAGAAAAAUGGUACAAAGCGAUUCACGGCGAGGCCCAAAGAUUGGAACUUACAAUACGGCACAAAAAUUGAGUCUCAUAGUAAGAAUCAAAACUUUGGAUCCGAUGAUGAGGCUCAAAAUAUCGCCAUGUAUCCGGAAAUUUACUGUACUUCGAAUGAUCGUUGGCUGAUAUUCCGCCACUAAUGUUUAGUCGAUCUUUUCUUCUUUUUGGUUCUUCCAUUAAUUUCUAAGCGUAAAAGUGUAAUCUUCUAAGCUUUAAGUUCGUAGACUAACGCGUUCAGUUUAAUUGAAUAUAAGACCGUUACGUUAGGACAACGAAGAUUUACGAGACACGUGACAGUUGCACAAGAGGAAAAAAUAUACCAAUUCGGGGCCAGAAGAAUUGUUAAAUGAAAAUGAGAAAUUAUAUUUUUUAAUCGGGAAUGAAACUGCGCUGGGUGAAUUUGCGACGUAUGUGAUACACAUUAUUUUGUAUUCAAUGAAAAUUGCAUGCGUGGACAUACACAUAUAUAUGUGCGUGUAUAUAUAUAUAUAUAUAUAUAUAUAUACACAUAUACAUAGAUGUUUGUGUGUAUAUACAUGUAUAUAUAAAUAUAUAUGAUGUGCGCAUGAUGGAAACGAAGUGCAUUAGAAAAUCGUAUGAACUCAGAUGAAAGAUUGUAUACCGGACUAUUUUAUUAUGUAUACUGUGAUCUCUAUAUAAAGUUUAUAUAUUAUAUAGAAGAAAGAAGAUGAAAAUAUACAAAAACGAUUAUAGGAUUAAAUAGGUUCGUAAGGAUAUAUAAAUAUAUUCAUACGUGUAUAUAAAAAAAAGUGUAACAAUAAGUUAAGAUAAUUUUUACGAGAGACCGAUUUAUAUAUAUAUAAAAAUAAAAGAAAUUGUGUUCUUAAGAAAAAAA